GUUAGUGGGAGUCUGUGAGCCAAGCUUUCACACACAGCAACAAACGCCCCGCACCUCACAACCAACCCAGCGGCGCAGCGGAGCAGUUGUGCCCGGACAGCGCAGCGGAAAAGAGCAGAGCGCUUCAUUAGAUGAUGAAAUUUAGUGUGAUUUUUAAUACAUCUGUGAACGCUUUUCAGCGGUUUAAGGACUGGACAGAGUUGGACAGUUCAAUGCUGUGUGGUGAAUACGGCUUUAUUCUGAAACAGUCGGCUGACUACACGCCUGUCAAAGAAAGAUUUUCUUGACGGAGCCCAACGCUUGGAUUUGUAAACUUAAGUUUUGUCUUCUCUUUCUUUUCUUUUCUUUUCUUUUCUUUUCUUUUCUACGGAGUUGGCUCCUGAAUGUAAUUCACGAAACAUCUGGAGGGACCUCGCAACCAAUCUUUCUCAAAGAUUCAAUCAAAAUAGCCUACUUAAUUGUGACCUCGAAAAGGAUUACUUCCAAAAAGGGAAUCUUUGGUGUGGGACCAGCAUCGUUUUGGACAGGUGUGUGUGGCAGCGCUACAUUGACAGCAUGUGUGUAACGGUAGAGGAUGUCUAAAUCUGGUCUCCGUAGUGAGGACACUCGUCCCUGCGCCGCUCCGCCCGGGAUGGUCACACUCUGUCUCCUCCUGUACCUUACGGCACUUGUCUUCCCUCUGGUAUACAGCGCCCGUCUGGUGUCCCCAGAGCCCACAGACUGGGUGUCAAGUGAGGUGGAGGUAUAUCUGGAGGACUAUGUGGCAGGAGUCGGAGACACUGUGGAUCUCUCCUGCACUCCACAUGACUUCCUGGUCCCCGUCGUGUGGCAGAAAGAUGGCGACACUGUGUCAACUAGCAACCAUACGCGGGUGGUGCAAAAAGUGCUCCGCAUCAUCAACGUCUCCUAUGAAGACUCGGGGGUGUACUCCUGUAGACACGCCCACAACAGCAUGCUACUAAGCAACUAUACCAUCAGAGUCACUGAUUCCUUGUCUUCUGGCGAUGAUGAGGAUUAUGAUGAAGAAGAGGACGAUGCAGGUAAUGGAAAUGAAGCUCCAUACUGGACCCGCUCUGACCGGAUGGAAAAGAAGCUUUUGGCUGUUCCUGCUGCCAAUACGGUGAAGUUCCGAUGUCCUGCUGCUGGCAACCCGACACCCACCAUCCACUGGCUGAAAAAUGGGAAAGAAUUCAAGGGAGAGCAGAGAAUGGGUGGGAUUAAAUUGAGACAUCAGCAGUGGAGUUUGGUAAUGGAGAGUGCUGUUCCAUCUGACCGAGGAAACUACACAUGUGUGGUGCAGAACAAAUACGGGACAAUCAAGCACACUUACCAGCUUGAUGUGCUAGAACGCUCCCCUCACCGGCCCAUCCUACAGGCAGGACUCCCAGCCAAUCAGACGGUGGUGGUGGGCAGUGAUGUAGAGUUCCACUGUAAGGUGUACAGUGAUGCUCAGCCACACAUCCAGUGGCUCAAACACAUCGAGGUGAAUGGAAGCCAGCAUGGGCCCAAUGGCGCCCCCUAUGUCAACAUCCUUAAGAGUUUUGUCAGUAAGGUUAAAGAGGCCCACGAUAUGCUGACUCUGUAUAAUGUGUCAGAGAGAGAUGCUGGCCAGUACUGGUGCAGAGCCCACAACUUUUUAGGCAUGUCAGAAAAUGCAUUCUGGCUCACAGUGUCCCAGCCAGCGGUGGAGAUGGAGAGAGAGGAUGAUUACGCUGACAUUCUCAUCUAUGUGACGGGCUGCGUGCUCUUCAUCCUUACGAUGGUCAUCAUUAUCCUGUGUCGUAUGCGGAUGAACACUCAGAAGACGCUCCCCUCACCGCCCGUGCAAAAACUGUCCAAAUUCCCCCUCAAGAGACAGCAGGUGUCCUUGGAAUCGAAUUCUUCCAUGAAUUCAAAUACCCCAUUGGUCAGGAUUGCCCGCCUGUCAUCCAGCGAUGGACCGAUGCUGCCCAACGUUUCUGAGCUCGAACUGCCCUCUGACCCCAAAUGGGAGUAUACUCGUACAAAACUAACACUGGGAAAACCGCUGGGAGAGGGCUGCUUUGGGCAGGUGGUGAUGGCUGAAGCCAUUGGGAUUGACAAAGAGAAACCCAAUAAACCUCUCACUGUUGCUGUCAAGAUGCUCAAAGAUGAUGGCACAGAUAAGGACCUGUCGGACCUUGUGUCUGAAAUGGAGAUGAUGAAGAUGAUCGGAAAACACAAGAAUAUCAUCAACCUGCUGGGAGCAUGUACACAAGACGGUCCUCUGUAUGUGUUAGUGGAAUAUGCUUCUAAAGGGAAUCUUAGGGAAUACUUGCGUGCAAGAAGGCCACCUGGGAUGGACUACUCAUUUGACACCUGUAAGAUCCCAAACGAAACUCUGACUUUUAAAGACCUGGUGUCCUGUGCCUAUCAAGUCGCUAGGGGUAUGGAAUACCUGGCCUCAAAGAAGUGUAUCCAUAGAGACCUAGCGGCCCGGAAUGUUCUAGUUACCGAUGACAAUGUGAUGAAGAUCGCAGACUUCGGCCUGGCUAGAGACGUGCACAACAUAGACUACUAUAAGAAGACCACCAACGGUCGUCUACCCGUCAAAUGGAUGGCACCAGAGGCGCUGUUCGACCGUGUCUACACACACCAGAGUGAUGUGUGGUCUUACGGUGUGUUGUUGUGGGAGAUUUUCACACUGGGUGGCUCACCAUACCCAGGUAUCCCAGUAGAGGAGCUCUUUAAACUGCUGAAGGAGGGCCAUCGAAUGGACAAACCUGCCAACUGCACUCAUGAACUGUAUAUGAUUAUGCGAGAGUGUUGGCAUGCUGUUCCUUCCCAAAGGCCAACGUUCAGACAGCUGGUGGAGGAUCACGACAGAGUUCUUUCCAUGACUUCCACUGACGAGUAUCUGGACCUGUCAGUACCAUUCGAGCAGUACUCUCCUACCUGUCCAGACUCCAACAGCACCUGUUCCUCCGGAGACGACUCUGUGUUUGCUCACGACCCCUUACCUGACGAGCCCUGCCUUCCUAAACAUCACCACAGCAAUGGGGUCAUACGAACAUAAGCACCCUAGAGAUGAGUGGUGGUUUAAGAGUCAUAGGGAUAUGCUUUGGAGGAAGGCCUGGGACCUUUCUGAACAUUUUACUGGACCAGUCUCCAUCCAGCAUCAGUGUUGAUCUCAUGAAACAACGAACGAACAGCUUCAGAGGUGCAACUGUUUGCAGGUCUGAAGGAUGGAUUGUGCUCCUCUGGCUCCUCCUUAUCUUCCAAAUCAUUGUUCAGCUUUUUGGCUUCAAAAAGAGAAUUCCUAUUUUUGUAUUCAGCCAGUUUCAUUUUUCCUUUGUGCUAGACAGUCUGAAGGGUCAAACCAUUCCGUGCCUACCAAAAACAAACAACAGAGACAAAUUGUUGGACAGGAAACAAAAAGAAUGGAUACACACUCUGUUGCUGUGUUCUAAAGUGGCAGUGGCAGAUUCGUCCUGUCAUAGGUGAAGUCUCUUCAUGCUUAAAGACAAAUUAAGUAUUUUUACAGCAAUAUCUGACUGGAGUGAAAAUUAAACCCAUGGCCAGUCUCUUCUCUCCACUCCGUUAUUUUCUCACAAAUAACUUUUUUCAUCCUUUUUUUAAUGAGAAAGAUUAGAAAAGGGAGAAGGGUCUCCAAGAUGUGAGAUUUGAUUAUAAAUAUAACGGUGUGCUUUGUAUGUAUCUUUAAAAUGUUUUUAUUGUAAAUAUAUAGAUAUAAAUAUGUAUCAUAUUGCAGUAAGUAGCAAUGUACUUUAAAAAUUCAUGAAAUAAUCUACGAACAAUGCAUUGCAAGUGGGCAUACACUGUUGAGAUCAUGUAAACAUUCAAUCUUAAAACAAGCAAAACAAAAGCUGUAUUUGAAUUUACAUGUAUAUUUGUAAAGCUAUUUAUAGACUAAAGGGGUUUUAAGGGGUCUGAAAUCAUAGUCUGGGUUUUGGUACUGUAAUCAAAAGAUUUUUCUUCUUGAGAUUUACAUUUCUUAAGUUAUUUACCACAGAAGUGCAAGAUUAUUUUUUUUUUUCAACUGGUGGGUUGUACUUAAUUUUUGCUCUUUUACUUCGUCCAUCUCUUUGUUUACAGAGACAAGAAUGUAUGAAAAAUGAAUUGGCAAUAUCAGCAGAGUAAAUCGAUGAAAAAGAACAUGAAAUAAGUAUGCCAAAUGUCCCUCUGCCCAGUAUUAAAUUUCAUGAUUAAAGGACCACAAGUGCAUCUCCUCUUGAGGACAAAGGGUACUACUUUUCACCAAUUUCUGUAUAUUGUUAAAACAGUUUUAAUUAUCCACAUUUGGGCUUCCAUGCAUGCAAUUUAUAGAGACAUCAACAGCUCACUGUAGUUUUAGAAAAGUACUGGUCUUCUCUAAGGCAUGGUGCUGUGGUCCUUCUAAUCUAACGCUAUAUGAAGGAAUGCUAUGAGGUAAAAUCUACAAUGGCAUAAACUGUAAUAGUAAUAGAUAUAUGGUGAAACCAUAUUAUGAAAGUUUGUUGUAAGGAUGCUCUUAUUUGCUCUUUUGCUAAAUGAAAAUGUAUAAUGUUAACAUUUUUGAGGUAAUCCUCUGGGUCGGUAUGAUUGCAAAGUGCCAAAAUCUUAAUCUUCCUCUAUGCUGUUGGAGUUUUAUGUUAAUGAGUACAGAACCUUUAUAGCUAUUCAAUUCUAUCGUGCAUGCUUGUCAGAUGAGUGUCUGUGGCCCCAGCGAAUCUAAGCAAAAGCAUUGUGGGAUAGCUUGGUCAUGUCUCAGAGUGUCCUUGGACAAUUGCAUUCAAGCAGAAAGCUGGCAAAAACAUAUAAUGGGAAUGAAGAAAGAGGAGACAGUAGGAUGAUUCGCUUGCUGCUAAAAUACGACAACUGUAGAUUUGAUACGAGAUGACUGUAAAGAGUGGAGCGGUCUCUCCCUCCUGCAAACCAUUGAAUUUUUGUACUUGCUAAGUGCCUGCGAGGGAGUUGAGUGGCUGAAUAUUGUGACAUGGUCUGAAUGUACAGCCACAAUAAUAAAAGAUAUAAGCAGGGUCUUUCAAAAAAGUUAUAAACAAAUUAUUUGUUAGGCACUUUGUUACCUUAAAGGGACAGUUCAUCCAAAAAUAACAAUUCUUAUCAUUUACUCACCCUCAUGUUGUUCCAAACCCAGACUUCUUUCUUUGGUGAAAUACAAUAAGAGAUGUUAGGCAGAAAGUUAGCCUCAGUCCCUAUUUACUUACUUUCCAUUGUUUUUCCACACAAUGAAGGUGGAUAGUGACUGAGUCAAGCCAAAUCAGUUUGAAAAGAUCUGUGGGAGAAUAAAUGAUUACAUAAUUUUCAUUUUUGGUUGAAUGAACCCUUUCAUUCUCACAUUGGAUUUUCAUUCAUAUUGAUGAUAUUGACUUCUUCCAGCUGUAGGACGUUAUGUUCUGGAUACAGUGUUUUGCUGUUUGUCCCUUAUGUGUGUAUGGAAUUAUUUGUUUACUGUUUGGUGUGGGACAGCAGGGCAAGUGUUCAGUCUUGGCUUCUUCUUUGGUACAACCUAUAAACUUUGGCUCACCUCUAUUUGCCCUUGUGUCCUCUGCUCUACUACUGAUCGCUCUCUUGCAUUGUUUCAAACAUAUCAGAACAAUGUUGCUGGUCCUUUUCCCUCAAUGAAAAAUCUACAUUAUUUAUUUCUUUGUAUUUAUGUUUUAUUUUAUUCAUUUUUUAUUUUUUUUUUUGUCUUAUCUAUCCUUAAAACAUCAGUUUAUUUUAAUGACCUUAAUGUUUAUUUUAUUCAAAAGGACGGCAUUCCUUGAUGCUUUUGUGUUUUAGGAUGGAGGUAGAGCCAUGAUGCGUUAAGGGGUUGAAGAAGGUUUUCUUUAAUGUUUACAUGAACUUCCAUACAGUUUUCAAGGACUAUGUUUUUUCCAGCACUUUUAAAGUGACUGGAUGAUUAGCAAUACUGGUGUGGUGUCAACACUUUCAUUCAUUUUACAGUCAUUUGUUCUUUUCUUCUUAAGCUCUAUUUGAUAGUGCCAUUCAGCUCUUAUUCAAAUUAAAAUAUUACAUUAAUUUAUAGAUUUAAAUUUGCAAAUUGAAAUUGUUUUAUGUUGAAUAGAUUUAUCUAGAUGUGUUUUCUUUUUAUAGGAAUGAAAGCUUCUUUACAGUAUUUUCUUACAAAAAGGAUUGCAUUGCAUUCCAGGUAGAUUUAUAUUUCUUUAUGCAGUGAGGUAAUAUGUUUGCAGAAUUAAAGUACCCAUGUCAUUCAACCUACAUUUGCUUCACUCUGUGUUUAACAAAAUAAUGGAAUAGUUGACUAACAGUUUUUUAAUAUGUUUUUUCUUUUCCAUAUUUCUGUAUCUCUGUAACAUUCCAUUUAUUUCAGUUGUGCCCCAUACCAGCUGUUGAACCUCUUUACACUCUAUCAGUCUGUGCCUGACAGAAUUAUGCUGUCAAUCAAAAUGUUUUUAAUAAACACAACAAAA